AUGCCUCAACCGCUCAAAUCGAAGACUGGUUGUCUGACUUGCCUGGCCCGGAAGAAAAAGUGCGACGAAGUACGGCCCAAAUGCGGACACUGCCAGCGCCUUGGUCUUGCUUGUGUCAGACGAGAGACCGCUCCAGACUUGCAAUCGGAACAAAAUAUCUCCUCGACCAACCUCAAGGCCAAAGGGCCUCCCCCACGACUGGCCAUCACCAAUGGCUACCCACCCUUCCGAAGCGAUUUCGAACGCCAGGUCACUCUCGAGAGCUCGACGGUCCUUCGACCCUUGGUCUCGCGGAUGGCAGGGACAUGGUAUCUAGAAGAGACGAUGUUUGGGCGCCUUUGUACACAGAAUCGCUUGGUCAGAGAAGCCAUCGUAGCAUUUUCGGCGUUUGGUCAAGAUGACCGGAAUGAGCAUUCCCUCAAACUGUCUAUUGAGAACUACCAAAGCUGCAUCAUGAGACUUAAGCAGACUCGCGCUUUCGAGCAUGAAGACCCCGCCGAGACAGUCACCGCGAUUGUCGCAAUAGUAUUUCUUGGACUACUAGAGGCGCUCAAACUAGGCUGUUCGGUCAAUGCUGUAGCUCACUUCGAGAUGUGCAGGAAGCUACUAGCGACUCGACUCUCCCAAUCAGCAACAGCAGGCAACGUUGGCCUUUGGAACCUCUACCGCAUGGUUGCAGAAUGCAUCAUUUACAACUUGGGCGCUUUGUCAGUGUUUCAGCCCAACAUCGUCCAAGCUGCUGGUGACUGGGGCACGGCUUUCGACCGACUGUUCCCCGGCAAUGAUCACUAUCUGUCUCCUUUCCUGGGUGGCUUCCAGGGUAUCUACCAGGUGAUGUUCCGCGUCAACGUACUCCUCCGUCAGACCGAAGUAGACCGCACUGCGGGCGUUCUCCAACUAUCAACCGUGGAGACCUACGACAACCUAUGGCAACAACUUGCCGUUCUAGAGGACAAUAUUCCCACCAUGUAUCAAGGAAACGUCCUUCCCAAGGAAAUCAUCAACCUAUACCAAGCCAAGAACCGAAUUACCAUCUAUGCACUCCGCAUUCACCUGAUGAAGAUAUUGCGUCCCUUGGCAGGGCCUGAAGACGUGGAGAUCUAUCUCAACUUGACGCAGGCGAUCGCCAUCCUGAAGGAGCAAGACAUACGAGAACCGGGGAAUCCAGCACUACGCUGGCCACUAAGCAUACUUCUCUGUGCCUCUGAUGCUGAUGAAGACUUCGACUUUGUCGUCUCUGUCAUGCAACAGAUUGAACUCAUCCUUGAUCCAGCCAACAGAGAGAAGCUGAAAGCAGCACAUAAUAUCCUUCGAGCAUAUCGUACCAAUGCUUCGUUCGCAGUACAAAGCGGUUCCCUCCCCACACCUUUACGGCAACUAGACUACCUGCUAGAGCCAACGGCUCUGGAGCCAGCUAAGCCUGAUGGCAGAGUGGAAGAGGUUCCGUAA